AAGUACUGAUUAAGAAAUUUUAUAAUAAUAAAUAUAAAACAACAAUAUGGCAAAUAAUAUUGAUUCAAUAUGGCAUGAUUGCCCUUCAGAUAUACUAUUAAAAAUUUUUGCAUAUUUGGAUUAUAAUUCUCUAAUUAAUUGUUUAGUUGUAAAUAAAAAAUGGAUGGCACUCUCAAAAUAUCUAGUAAAGUGUAUUGGAUAUAAUGAAAUUACAAAAAAAGGUAUAUACAAAUAUGACAAAUAUAAAAUGAAGUUUAAAGAGAACACUGAACCGUGGCAACUGAUUAUUAACUGCUUGUUAUGGUUUAAUCUGCAACGUUCCAAUGUACAAAAAAUUUACGAAUAUGAAAUGGAUGAUAUAAAACACAUAUGUAUAUGCAAAGAUAAAAUUGUGGUACGUACAAGUACAUCUAUCGGUUCUUUUUCAAUAGUGAGCCACGUAUGGACACAAAUUCAUUGGGAAACAUGUGUUCAUUAUGAAGCAACUAAAUAUUUGACUGUAAUAAUUUAUUAUGAAUAUGACGGAAACAAAAUGGUUUUACACGGUAAAAGUCGUAACACUACUGAGAUUGAACCAUUAUUGUUUGAUGACCUCGCCAUAAGAUGUAUUCUGGUUGAGGAGAAAUAUUUGUUGGUUUUAUUGGAUGACGGCGACCUUUGGCGCAUGUCGUGGAACGAAAUAAAAUGGGAGUCUAAAUUAAUAGCGAAGAAUUGUGGGAACGGAGGAACAAUAGUUACGUUACAUUUACACCAAGGCUGGAUUUACGGUCUUUGUCACUGGGGUAGUUUAUACUCUGUAAACAUGAACGGGGGAUCGAAUUUCGAGAAACUCUGUGACUUCAAUAUACCAGAUUAUGCAUCAAAGAAUAUGAAUCCUGUUUUCUUUGACAAAUGUAGCAUAGUCGUUUCAGUGCCGAGUAAUAUGCGGGCUAAAUAUACUGUUGUGAUGAUUAAUGACGCCAAAUACAUAAUGCUUGAGAGACCUGGGUUGACUUGUGCUACGACCCACGGAGAAAUGUUGCUGCUCGGCUACGAAAAUGGAAAGGUGGAAUUUUAUGCACAGAAGUCAAUAAUAAGGAAUGAUCCACCAAAUGCAACAUUAUAUCUGACAAAUGUUGUUACACCUAGUCACGAUGACUUAGCAAUUAUUGGGCUGGAUGUAUACGAGUCGAACGCUUCUCACCAUCUAUUUAUAGCCACUCGACAUAAUAUCUAUGAAAUAUUGCUUAGUCAUUAAUCUCCGUAAACAUUCAACGAACAAGAUCUCAUUAAAUUAUUUAAUGACAACGAGCGAGUAGGAGCCCUGCUGUUGCAAGCGUUUAAAUACUAGGUACUAGGCGGGCCGAUGCUUGAUUUUCACUAUAAUAGUGUAUGAAAGUACUUACCUUAUCUAAUUUAUAUGGCAUGACUGCAUACAUUUAUAUUUAUUUUAAUUUAAACUACUUAUAAGACCAAAGUUAAAAACUUAGGUAUGUUUAUCCAGCUUCAGGAAAUAUGCUAACUAUCUAAUGGCUAAAGAUUAUUUUCCGUCUUUCAUUUUCAUUCCUCGUAUAAAUUAUACAGGCUUAUAAAAUAACGAGCAAUACUCGAUUCUAAUAAAAAAAAAUGCAAUCGUUACAUUUUUUCGAUUUGGGGAUUUAAUGGGUUCAUUCGAAAAACUAAUAAUAUUGCUUAUAGGUCAAAUUCUGUAUGUACUACCUAAUAUCAAACGAAAAAUGAGGAAAGAGUUUUCUCACCUAACUGGACAAUGAGAAUUUAAUGAACUUACUACCUUUGUUGUUUUCUAUAUUUGUUUUUUUUUUCGUUUUUCUUUUUCUUCAGUCUCGCCUAGUACUUUCAAUUCCCGUUGUCCAGUUAAAUUCAAAUAUUUUAAAAUGAACACCAGUAGUUGUAAUAAUAUAUUACUUUAUCGUUUUUAUACGGAAUAAAAUCGAAAUCAUUGACUACGAAUACGAAGUUUGUUGUUUCUGACUUUAAGAAACAUGUUACUAAUAGAACACAAAAAGAACUAAAAAUUGACAAUAACUUAGGAUUUAUCCCAUUUAUUAGUGCCUUUUCUAUCUAAAAGAUUUACCUCAAUUACUGAACUCUAUCCCUAUUUUAUAAUAUGUGAAAGUUUGUAAAGUUGAAUGGACGUUUGUUGCUCUUUCACGCAAAAACUACUGAAUAGAUUCGGAUAAAAUUUAGUAUAAUAAUAGGUUAUAUUUCAGCACAUGUACAUAAUAUUCUACGCGGGCGAUAACUAAUAAGCCAUUGCUUAGUCUGGUAUUUUUAUAUCACUUUAUACAUUGUGGUUUUAUGUAUGAAAGGGAGCAGGUACGAAAUAAAAGUAAAAUCAUAAUUAGUUUUUUACUUGCU